AUGGCUUCCGCCGUAAAAAUUCGGUAUGUUUACGAGACAUCAUUUUUCGAUGGACGAAACGAUUGCUGGACAUCUCAGCCGGACAACCCACCGGAGGAAGUUGACUCGGCCGUGAAUCAUCCGAUCGUGCGUAAAAUUCAGCAGGCCGUCAUCCGAGCCAGAAAAGCGGUGACGUCCAGCAUGAACAGCAAUCCAAAUAUUGACAUGACUGGUCAUUCGGAGCCCGACAGAAGCUCGUUACAGCUGCAGCGUUCCAACAUUUCCAGUUUACAAACGAGUAUUUGCAGUCUGGACGAAUCCGCCCAAGACCUUGACGGCCGGUUGAUCUUGAAUCGUUCACGAUCGCUACAGCAAACGCAUCAUUUGUUUCAUUCGGUCGAUUCUCAUCAUAAUUACCAUCAUCAUCACCGUGGAUUCUCGCUCCACCUGUCGCCAAAACAAAGGACCAAAGUUAGUGAGGCCGUCCUGUCUCCCAUUUCCGACAAGUCGGAAAAUGAGACGAGUCAAAUGUUGACGACAACAACCGUUCCUAUCCCAUCAUCGGUCGCCGUUCCAUUCGAGUUCCAUGCGGCCGCAAGGCGACGCCCUCAAUCUCUUUUCUCUAACAUCAUCAGCGGCAGGCCCAGCGGAAGUGCUGGGGGGUUCAAUGGCUCUGACAGUGGUAUCUCCAUAUCAGCCAACUCGUUGGUUACAAACGACUCUCACGAAGCUCUUCAACCGCUGAACAAACCGCCACUCCAUCUCUCACUCGACAAUAGUCAAGAAUUUUUGUCGUCUUCGUCAUCCGAGCCACCGGAAGAGAAUUUACCUUUUCUCAUGCCUAAAUUGCGCCGUGGGACCAACAACAACAGCGGCAUCUUCAAGCCGCAAACGAGCGCUCCGAUCCGUCAGCUUUCACUCACGCUGUCUUUCCCUCCAUUGCAGAGUCUUCCGUUCGUUGCACCUGCUGUUGGUUUUAAGGAUUUAGUCGACGAUGCAAUUCCGCUUGAAAUUCAAAGUUGGUAUCACGGGUCCAUCACGCGACGAGAUGCUGAAAAACGACUAAAACCUGCGCCGGCGGGUUCUUUUCUUGUGCGGGACUCGAUGGCUAGUCAUGCCGACUACUUUCUAGCUGCCAGAGGUGAAAAUGGUUUUCUGCACGUUCGUAUUUGCUGCAACACUGGGCUUGACGAUCCGAACAAAGAUUUCACGCUAGUCACCUUGCCUGAACGUCGUUUCGAGUCGGUGGCAGCGGUGGUCAAUCAUUGUGCCAAUAUCGGUGUCUACAGCCGACAUCUUCCGCCCGCCAUCCUCAAAUAUCCGUUGAAUGAAGAAUCUGUUUGAAUUUUCAUGCGCACUCGAGUAAUUUAUGAUUUAUAGGAUUAUUCAUGCAUAGUGGUAGCCAUUUUUUUUUUUUUAGAUAGCAACACACGGAAUGACAGGGCAAUUGCAAGUGAACAAUUAAAAAAAAACAAAAUUACGUAUUCGUAUAACAUAUCAAAUAAGAACGUAGGGCGUUGUCUCCGGAUAUACGCAUAUUGUUGUCGGUUCUCAUAAAUCUCUCUUUUUUUUUCUGUUAGAUUUUUUUUUUUUAACGUUGAUUCGAUGUACGUAAACUCCUAUUUAUUCAUUGUUUGGGAACCUGUAACAAAAAUUAAUGGUUGAAAACUGGGCCAGUCCAACGUCGUCCACGCCCAACUCUUAUCCGGUUUAAAGCUGAUGUUGUUUGACACGAUGAUUGAAUUAGAACAGAAAGGAAAAUCAAUACAAAUUUCAAAUGAAAAA